AUGGAAGAUAGUAGUUUCAUUUCAGUACCACCACUACGUGCACCUUCCAUUGAGAUUCAUCCGAAUGCAACAUGGUCAAAGAAUGGUGUCACUGUCGCUGGAGGAAAUGGACAAGGCAGUGGACUCAAUCAACUGGAUCGCCCACUCGGCCUAUAUGUCGAUUAUGAUCAAACGAUUUAUGUCGCUGAUCAAAACAAUCAUCGUAUUAUGACAUGGAAAUCUGGUGCAACGAGUGGACAAGUCAUUGCCGGUGGAAAUGGACAGGGACAGGGUGCCCAUCAACUAAAUCGCCCAUUUGAUGUGAUUCUUGACAAAAAGAGCAAUAGCCUCAUUAUUUCCGAGCAUGGGAAUAGUAAACUAGUUCGAUGGCCUCAUCAAAAUGGUACUAAGACAGAAGUAAUGAAUUGGAACAUCGAAUGCAUCGGUUUGACAAUGGACGAUAACGGAUUUCUCUAUGUCGUUGAACAUGGGAAACAUGAAGUGAUACGAUAUGGAAUUGGUGAUACUAAAGGAACAGUAGUUGCAGGUGGUCAUGGACGAGGAAAUGGUCUCAAUCAACUCUCUUUCCCUUGGUUCGUAUUUGUCGAUCGAGAUCAUUCGGUGUACGUGUCUGACUCGGGAAAUCAUCGUGUGAUGAAAUGGGAAGAAGGUGCAAAACAAGGCAUUGUUGUAGCUGGUGGUCAAGGAGAAGGAAAUCAUCUUACACAACUAGCAAAUCCUUAUGGAGUCGUCGUUGACCAAAUGGGCACUGUCUAUGUGGCUGAUAAAAAUAAUGAUCGAAUUAUGCGUUGGACAAAGGGAGCCACACAAGGAAGUGUCAUUGUUGGUGGAAACAGUAAAGGAGUACACUCGAAUCAAUUAAAUGGUGCCGCUGGUUUAUCAUUCGAUCCACAAGGCAAUCUUUAUGUCGUCGAACAUGGGAAUCAUCGUCUUCAACGAUUUUCGCUCGAAUGGCCUCGAAAGUGA